AUGAAUUUUGAAUUUGAGAGGGAGAUCGGUUUUAUAAACAGCCAGCCGUCCCUAGCAGAGUGUCUGACGUCCUUCCCCGCCGUCCUGGAGUCAUUUCAAACUUCAUCAAUCAAGGACUCGACAGUAAUUCCGCCUCCCUUUGAGCACACCAUCCCCAGCCUCAGCCCCUGCACAGCCAGCCAGCCGAGACCGACUGCUAGGAGCCAGCAGAACCGGAGGACCUCCGUCACUAAUGGCCUCCAUACGCAGCACCGAGCCGCCCAGCAGCCCUGCCCGCCCGGCCAGGCCCCUGCCCCGGCCACCGCCAUCCUGGCCGGACCGCUGGCCCACGAGUUCCCCUGGAUGAAAGAGAAGAAGUCAUCCAAGAAGCCCCCCAAGCCUGGGAGCAGCUCCAGCGGUGGCAUAUCCAUCAUCCCCCCUGCCUCUUCCUCCCCGUCACCGACCGCCUCCGGGUACGCUUCGGCGGGCAUCGAGUCACCCACAGACCCGAGCCAUGCGGGUCUGGAUGGUGGAGCCGGGUCCCGACGGCUGCGCACCGCCUACACCAACACCCAGCUGCUGGAACUGGAGAAGGAGUUCCACUUUAACAAGUACCUAUGCCGGCCCAGGAGGGUGGAGAUCGCCGCGCUGUUGGACCUGACCGAGCGACAGGUGAAAGUUUGGUUCCAGAACCGGCGCAUGAAACACAAGCGCCAGACUACGCACCACCGGGACGGAGGGGGGCAUGAAUCCAUCGACCCGGGUGGGUUUGAGCCGCUCGAAGGCGCCGAUGCCUCCUCUCCGUACUCGAGCCAGCCGCUGGAAGCAUCUGGCACAGGGGAGGCGACGUCGGACGGUGAGGCGGGGAGCUGCAAUCCAUCUUCGGCCGCCUACGCGAAUGACAGCGGGGAUAAUACACAACCCACGCCGGAGGAGGGAGGCCGAUUGAGCCGCCCUGAACGCCCACCGCUUCCAGGGGCAUCUGGCUCCUCUGACUCCCCUCCUGCGCCUCAGAACUCCGCCGAUAUCCCGGGUCUGAUGCAGCUCAGCGAGGCCGGGCCAGCAGCACCCGAUCCGUCCUUCUCCGAGCAGCGGGAUUCCUCUACUCCUGCUGCCGCGUCCUCAUCCACCUCCUCGCUCCCCGACCUCACCUUCUUCGCCGGGGACUCCUGCCUGUCUCCCAGCCUGCAGAGCUCCCUGGAUAGCCCGGUGGAUUUCUCCGAGGAGGACUUCGAUUUAUUCACAAGCACACUGUGCACCAUAGAUCUGCACAACCUCAACUUCUGAGAGAAAUAAAGAAGACUAAUACAAGAGGAGGACGGGUGAACAAUCGAGCGGAGGCGACGGUUGUUUAAAAAGCAUUAAUGCUUCGAGGCAACAUUACUGAAACGUUUCUGAAUGAAUUGAUGUUCUUUUCAAAAAUAUUGGUUCGUCUUUUUGCUGGUGUUAUUUUGCGGCUAUAUAUAGAGAUAGCCUAAUUACAUUUUUAAACAUCGAAGGAACAUUUGAUUUUUCCACCAUCGAAACGUUUUUUUUCCUUUCCAUUCUUCAGGUAGCCUAUGUAGGCUAUUGCCUCGUUUUUGUUCAAAUGAUUAGCCCUUUUCCGUUUGUGUGGAUUUUUCCCCGUGCAUUUUGGUUCAUGUGCUUCAUGGAUUCUAAAUAACUUCUCAGGAACUGUUCGAUGCAGAAAGCUGGACUGCUUUUACACAAUCUCAACUCCAGAGAAGCCCUGCUGAUGACCCGAGUUUUAGACCCGUUUAUUUAUUGAGAUUCUUUAAUAGUGAAAAUCCAAAUUAUUUAUUGUACAUAUAUUUUCAU